UCAAAACAAAUCCAGUGAGAACGUCAACAUCUGUCAUUUAUUUGUAUUUAAUCACAGUAAUAAAGUUGAAACCUUACAUACUUUCAUAUUAUAGGAAUUAUUCAAAAUACAAUAAAAAUUUUGAUGUCAAAAAUGAAAAUGGCGGAUGGUGCUACUAUUUUGAGAAGAAACAGGCCUGGAACCAAGGCCGAGGAUUUUUGUCGUUGGCCUGAUGAAGCUUAUGAAGAAAUGGAUAGUACUUUGGCUGUCCAACAGUGUAUCCAACAACUGAUACGAAAAGAUCCAUCUAAUAUUGAAUUGAUACUGAGAAUGCCCGAAACCUUAGAUGAGGGAGUUUGGAAGUAUGAACAUUUGAGACAAUUUUGCAUGGAGCUCAACGGUUUGGCGAUACGGCUCCAGGAAGAAUGUCGCCCUGAAACAUGUAACCAAAUGACAGCAACCGAACAAUGGAUAUUUUUGUGUGCAGCUCAUAAAACUCCUAAGGAAUGCGCAGCCAUAGAUUAUACUAGACAUACUCUUGAUGGGGCUGCAUGUCUUUUGAACAGUAACAAAUAUUUUCCCAGUAGAGUUAGUAUCAAGGAGUCUUCAGUAGCUAAACUUGGAUCCGUUUGCCGAAGGGUAUACAGAAUAUUUUCUCAUGCUUAUUACCAUCAUCGUUCCAUAUUUGAUGAAUUUGAAACUGAAACUUGUUUAUGUAAAAGAUUCACUCAUUUUGUAACCAAAUAUAAUUUAAUGUCAAAGGAUAACCUCAUUGUACCAAUAUUAGGAGAAGCAACUACUGGAGAAUCUGAAGCUUAAUAGUAAUACUCGACUAUUCAAAAUGGCAUUAUGUGAAUGGGAGGUAAGACUCUGAAAUCUCAUUUGAUACUUGUUCAUUUUGAUUUUCCAAUUUCAAAUAAUUUCAAAAUUUCUGAUGUUUGAUGAGUAUGAAGUGAGUAUCCUUUCAUUCACUGCAUUAGAGUAACUCGAAAUAGAUGAUUUAGAUCAAAUCUUCCAUUAUAUCACAUAUGUUAUUUAUUUCAUCAAAUUGAUAUUUAUUUUGUAACAUCAUAUAUUUACCAUAUAUAUAUUAUUGACAAAUUCGUGUUUGGAAAAUAAUAAUAUUGCUCGACAUUUCAAAACAUUCAGUCAACAUAUUAUCUCCUGAAACAAGAAAUUUCAACUUGAGAUUUUUAGAUUAAUAUGUAGUCACAAAAUGAGGAAGGAAGAAUUACAUGAUUUGUUCUGUAUAUAAAAAACUGAUUUGUAUGUACCAAACCCAUCAUUAAAUUCAGAUUGUAUAAAA